AUGGAGAACCUCAUCGUCCGUGAGCCAACAACCGCCGCCAUCGACACCUCCGUUCCUAUCUCCUCCCCUACCUCCCUCUCUCCUAUUGAUGACGACCACAUCAGUCUAAACCCCCGCUCUCCGAGCUUCUCUACCGAUUUCCUUGAGCGAAACGCCGGGGCGGACCUGAACCACAGCCAGCCGCUCCGCGUCCAUUCCCUCGUCCGCAAGCUCGGCACUGCAGCCCUUGCCCAGAACUCUGAUGACGGGCAUAGCUCUCGGUCAGUUGCCGUAGGCUCCGUGGCCCCCGAUGCCCCAUUCGCCUUGCGCCCGGGUGUUCUAGACCUCUCCGAAGACGAGGGUGAGAGCGAGCACGAGCCGCAGCAAGAGGUAACUGACACCGAUUAUGCCACUGAUGGUCUCUCGGAGAUCGCCUCCACAGUUGCAGACACUCGGCCCAUUAUAAAGACUUCAAGGGAGAGCACCCACGCCUCCAUCUUUGGCCCAAGUUCUUCUACCGCGGCCUAUGGACCCGCAGCCGCAGCCGCAUCGGCAUCCCCAUCUGCAUCUGUAUCUGCACCCGCAUCAGCAUCAGCAUCAGCAUCCGAAUCCGCAACUGCAACCGCAUCCGUAUCUACCCCGGCUGCCGCAGUUCAACAGCCCAUUGUCCAAGCUCCCGAUGCGUCUGCGGCAAUCGGGACAAUGCCCACCUUCCCACGCGGCAUCGGCCCUGCCCCCGGUGAGACUGGGUUCAGCGGCACUAGUAAAAAGCCUAAAACCAAGAAGUUCAGUUUCCUACAGCUUUUGAGGCUCAAGCCUAAGGCACCCCCUGAGGCACCCGCUGCGAUGUCGGCUGCUGAGAAGCGUGCCUUAGCCGCGAAGGAGCGUGACAACCGCAUCAAGGAGGCCGAGGCUGCGAAAAGGAGGAAGGCUGCGACGCCAACUGACAUCGCGCCGUCAAGGAAUCCCGCUGUCGUCAGGACCCAGAAGGAGGAGCUCUUGGGAAGGAAGAAGUCCCAUUUGAGGGAGGCAAAGACUGAGUUGACCCUUGCCCAGAAGGAUGUCGAGUUGUUGAUGGAGAGCAUUGGGGAGUUGGAGGAGGAGCUUGCUACUUCUGCUCCUGUUACCGCUACUGCCACUGUUUGA